GGGCUGUCGGCUUCAACUAAAAAGUUGUUUACUAUGGUUUGCAUUCCUCUUUAAUUUAUUAGUGGACUAAUAACGUCUGCUUCAAAACUCGGGUAUUUGAAAGCUCUUAAAAAUGUCAUUUCGGAUAGUGAGAAACAGCAGAUUUCGGCAUGUCUUUGCUCAACCAUCUAAAAGAGACAAUUGUUAUGACAACAUAAAAAUAACUAAAAGCUCUUGGGAUUCAAACUUUUGUGCUGUAAAUCCAAAAUUCUUAGCAAUAGUUAUUGAAGCUGCUGGUGGUGGUGCCUUCUUAGUCAUACCAUUACAAAAGACGGGACGGAUUGAUGUUAACUACCCACUAGUCGCUGGUCACAAAGGAGCUGUUUUAGAUAUUGCAUGGUGUCCUUUUAAUGAUAAUGUUAUUGCUAGUGCCAGCGAGGAUGGCAUUGUUAGAGUUUGGUGCAUACCGGAAGGGGGAUUAAGUCGUACCUUAACCGAACCAGCUGUAGAGUUAUGUGGACAUCAGCGAAGGGCCAGCAUUGUGUUAUGGCAUCCCUCUGCAAAUAACAUCCUGUUAAGUGCAGGAGCUGAUUGUAAAAUCAGAAUCUGGAAUAUAGGUACAGGAGAACCUAUUUCUCAAUUGGAUCAUCCAGAUCUGAUUUUUCACUGUUGUUGGAACUUUAAUGGGAGUCGUCUUGUUACGACUUGUAAAGAUAAGAAAAUCAGAAUUUUUGAUCCUCGCACUGGCAAACUGAAAAUUGAGGCUCUAGGCCAUGAUGGAGCAAAGCCCCAAAAAGCUAUUUACCUUAGAAAUGGUCAUUUAUUAAGUGUUGGCUUUUCCAGGAUGAGUGAGCGUCAGUAUGCAUUAAGAAAAGAAAGUGCUAUUUCAGACCCAAUUAUUCUUGAAACUUUAGAUACAACGAAUGGCGUUCUAUUUCCAUUUUAUGAUCCUGAUGUAAAUCUUUUGUAUCUAUGUGCCAAGGGUGAUAGUAAUAUUCGAUAUUUUGAAAUCACCGAUGAAGCUCCAUACAUUCAUUACAUUAGCACCUAUCAGUCAAGCGAACCUCAACGAGGGAUGGGCAUGAUGCCAAAGCGUGGCUGUGAUGUCCGUAACUGUGAAAUAGCUAGAUUUUACAAACUUCAUUCCCGUGGCUUCUGUGAAGUCAUUGCAUUCACUGUGCCAAGAAAAUCUGAUCUCUUCCAAGAUGACUUAUAUCCUGACACAUUAGCUGAUAACCCUGCUAUAUCUGCUGAGGAGUGGAUUGAUGGCAAAGAUGCAGACCCUGUUUUGAUGUCAUUGAAGGAAGGGUAUGUGCCUUCAAAAAAGCAAGAAUUGAAGCCAAUUUCAAAAUCCAAUAUACUUGAUAAUAUGACUAAUAAAAAUAAUAGUCCGGCACAGCAACAACAGCCAUCUAAACAGAAGCUUGAUGAACUACUAGAAGAAGUGAAAAAACUGAAACUAACCAUUCAAAAACAUGAAGUACGCAUCUUAGAUCUCGAGAAAAAAUUCGACAACAGAACGGGUCAGAUGAAUAUUUUGAAAAAAGCUCAAACUAACAAUCACGGAGAAAAACACUUGAUGCCUGAUGAAGUGUGAUUAAAUUUUUUGUUUCAUUCAUUAUAGCUAAUACUCCACUAUACAUAUGUUUUGACAGGGCCGUAUUUAAAGCAAGCCUUUGUGCUCUUUACCAUUUCAUUAUUAACAACCGAUUGUAUAUUACGACAGUAAUCUGGACUGCAUUUUUAUACAUACAUUUCCCCUAUAACUGUAUUGAUUCUGUACAGGCUUUUGUUGCUUUCACUGAGAUGAAUGCAAUUUUGUUUCUAAAACAUUCCUUUUUAGUAUAUCUUCCAUAUAAAUUUUGAUAAAUUUUAUUGAUUUGUUGAAUUUUGUGUUGUGUGAAUGGCAUGCUGAGCAUGUAAGGAAUACACAUCUAGGCCAUUCCACGUUAAACGAUCAUUUUGUCCAGCACGUGACACCUCAUGUAUUUCAUUGAAAAUAAUACUCUAAAAUAUUAAUGAAUUUUUUUUUUUCUGCUUAACAAAUUACAAACUUAUGUGUGAUUUCUAAAGCAAAAAUUUUUCGUUAUUACCCUUUGAAAUUAUUUUUUAAUGAAAUAUAUGAACCGUCACGUGGGCGACAAAGGGUUGACUUUUUCGUGGAAUGACCCAUCUGUAAUAUAUAUAUAAAACAUCUUUUGAGUGAUUUUUCUGGAUCAUGUACUCUCUUCAUCAGUUUUUGAAAUAGAGUAUACAAUGUCUUUUUUACAUAUUUUUGUGUUGAUAUUUCAUUUUAAAGUUAUAAUUAUGCAUAAUGUUUUAUAUACUUACAAAUAAUUGUAUAAUGAAUGAGUCUUUGCAAUUGGUUUGAGGAUAUUUUUAUCUCAUACUUUUAAUGAUUAUAGUUAAAAUUAUAUGUUCUAACUCAGAGUUGGAUUUUAAUUUUAUGUCAUUAUUAGAAUUUUCAAUUUUUUUAAGCAAUAAGCUUUUUAAAAAAAGCUGAUUGCUUUAAAAAGUGAUCUCAGAAAGAUUUCUUAGCCAGUAUAUAAUUUAAACUUAGUCUUAAGAUUAUUUAUUAAUAAAAUCUUUGCUUAUUAUAUAAUAAUUAUUAAUGUUGCAAGUUUUGAAAUGGAACAUGUAGAUUUAAAAUGUAGUUAUGUAUUUAAGUUAUUUAAAAAUUUGGUUGUAAAAUUAGAAUUUAGAAACAUUUUCAGAAUAUUUAAUUUUGUAGCUUUUUACAUAUAUCUUUGUUAUCACAGAAUGCAUGAUUUAUGAAUAUCAUUAAUUUCCAAAAGAAAAAACUCAUCUGCAUCCUACAUUCCAUUGCAUCCCUGCUUCUUCUUCCGUUUCAAUUGGAAGGCUUCCAUUUUCUUCCGAUCUUCCAUUUUCUGUUAUUGCCAAAGUAUUUAUUUUUAUUUUUAAGAUCUCAGCUCAAGGUUUUGGCCAAAUAAAUAAUGUUUCAAUGUCCAGUUUGAAAAUAUCUCUUGAAACUUUCAUCAGAUUUCUUUUACUAAUCAUUAUGAAAUUUCGUAGAAUAAGAGAUAAAUUCAAAAAUCAGUAGUUCUGUUCAGUACACUGGAAAUGUAUUUCUCUCUUUUACUUAGUUGAUUAUAAUUAUGAAAAUAUUACUUUUGGAAUAAAAAGUAAGAGUAUUAUUUUUUUAUUUAGUGCACAAGAAAUAUAUUUUUAAAAAUUCUUUUUUGUGUUUCUUAAAGUUAUGAAAUAUGUAUAUUAUAUGUAUAUUUAGUUUUAAAGUAAAAAGACACAUGCUCCAUUAACUUUCUGAAUAAUAUAGUAAGCUUUUUGUAGUAUGUAUAUUAUAAUUCAGGACAAUAAGUUAUGAUUUUAAUGUUUUUAUUUAUUUUUUAAUGAAAAAAAUAUAUUGUAAUUAAUUUAUUUGUUAGUAAAGAUUACAGGAGCUAUUAAAAUGUGCUUUUGACAAUAGUUAAACAUUUUUUGAAUUUUUUGAAAAAAUCUUCUACAUCUGUACUAAUUUGUUGAAAUUUGUGAGUUGCUUUCUUAAAUAAAUAUAAUUUAUAACUAACUGAUUGUAUAUUUAGAUACUAAUGUGCUCACUAAAUCACACUGUACAUAGCACAAACAGAAAAUAUUUGAGUGAAUUUUAAAGCAGUCAAAACACCCUUUUGAUGCUUUUUGGUCAGUUUUUUUGUCAACCAUCCUCUGCAGGAUAUUUUCCAAUGUUUGAUCUUUUUAAAAAUGUUUUAUAAGGGAGAAAAUGAAUUGGAUACUUUUUUUUCUGUAAGAAGUUAAAAAUGUUGCCUGCAUGUGGUAUAUGUUUGGGGGUUGAGACGAGUUUAAUGUUAGUAUUUCCAGAAAGUGUGUGGGGGGGGGGGGGGUCAUUAGUGUCAUUUUUGAGCAAAAAUGGAGUCAUGGGCGAAGUUUUCGAAAGAGAAGCCCCCAAAAUCCAGUUUUAGGCUAUCUUUGGUCACUCAAGGGGAGGGGGAGGGGGUUGUGACUACAUAACCCCCCUCUGAAUCUGCACCUGAGUUGGUCUAACAUUUUGAUGAGUGCCUACAAUUAAUUUGAGCUCUCAACUACUCUAUCUCUUAAGAUGUUGAUAAUAUCAAUCAAAAAUGAAAUCUACUUAGAAAUAGCCAUCAUUCUGGACACCUAGCAGUAAGUAGUCAAAUUUGUUCUUGGUGAAAUAAAGCUUUGUGUAUGUAAGAUGUAAGUGGUAAAUACCGCCAGUUAAGCAAUGUAUAAAAAAGAAAAAAAUAUUUUACUAAAAUAAGUUCAGCAUGAAUGAGUUGAAUCAUGUGUUGCUGAAGUGCAUGCAAAUUAAAAUUUUGAGUUUUUAAGAAUCUGUUUUAAAGUAAUUGUUUUUUCAAAAAUUCAUUCUAAAAUAAAAAUUCUUCCACUAUUUAGUAUUACAAUUAGUUAUGCAGAGAAACAUAUGAGCAAUCACUUUUAAAAAAUAGAGGAAAUAAUCAUGACUUUUGUUUUUAAAAUAUCUGUCGAUCAAAUUUCCUGCCUUUAUACAAUGUACAUGUUUGCUAUCUUGUAAGCUCUACAGCUAGCAAUUUAUUUUUAUUUAAAAAAAAUUUCCUUUUUUGUACUUUUUGUAUUUUAUUCCUGACAAAAAAUUUUACUACCUUUUUUUUUUUUUAAUAUCAUCCACAUUAAGCCCAUGUCAUUAUUUUUCGUGCUCAGUCAAUGCCAGUAAUAACAUUCUGAGGGGAACAUUUGAUCUGACUUUACUGUAUUUUCUCCAUAAGAUUUGUAAAAUUUUUUGGUAAGUUAAUAAUAGGAAUCUCUUAAAAUCAUAUUCUUCAGUAAACUGUACUUGCACAGUAAAACCUGGCUGCAACAAUAUCCAAUAAAACAAUAAAGUAAUAUUUUAUGGUUCUUUUGAGAUGAGAAUGGUUAGUAGAAACCUGGAUGUAGAUUUUUUUUUUCUUGCCGCCUUCCUCAAAAUUUCCUCUUGCAUAAAAUACAAUGUUAAAGUGUAAUAUAAUACAAUAGCUUUGCCAAUUUUUCAGUAACUUAAGUUUCAUAUACUACAAAAUGAAAGAAGAAUUUUCUUUUCCUUUCAUUUCUUCCGAUGGUAUCUUAUUUGGUAAGUGAUUGUCUGUUUGGAAUGUUGAACUCCAUGCCCCAUUCCAGUAUAUUUUAUUUUUGCUUUAUCAAAUACCAGCACCUUCAUGUACCCCACAAUGCCACAUUUCCCUGAAACAAAUACUAUCUUAUCAAAUGUUAACGUAUAUGUAGUGUAACCAUAACAUACAUGAACCAAAUAGGGACUUUUUAAUCAUAAUGAGAAGCAAGGUAUCUAAAAAAAGUUAAAAGUAUAUCGCCACUCGAUGUAGUAAUACACUCUACUUGUGUGUUAGUUGUAUCAGGUCCCCCAAUAUACUGUUGCACCCAGGUUUUACCCUAUAUCCAUUUUCAAUUCGUUUUUGUACAUAUUAAACUAAUAUUCUCUAAGAGAAGUAUAUAAGUUUAAUAUUACUGUUUAUCAGUAUUCAGAGAGAAGUUUGUCUUCAUCAUUUUAAAUUAUGGUACAAAUUAAGAGUGAGUUUUCAUUUUAAUGCUAUAUGUUCAAUUUUCUGUGAUAGUUUUAAUUAUCUGUAGUAUAUUAUAAAUAAAUCUCCACCUUUUUGUGUACAUUUUUUCAGAACUUUAUUCUUAAAAUGCUCAUUAAUGUGAUUGUAAGUUGUCUUUUUGUGUUCAAAGUACAGUAGAAUCUCGAAAAACCGAGGUAAUCGGGGCUCACGUCAGCUCGAAUUACUGAAAACUGGGAUUACCUGGAAAAUUCUGCCAGAUUAAGAAUUUGCUCAAUUUGGAUGACAUAAGGAGAAGCAUUUCUUCCUUGUGUUUAGAAAAGGAAGCAUUGUCCUCAGGAAAAAUUUAUCGCUCAAAUUUCAAUGUAAAUUUCCCUUUUAACUACGUCUAAACAAAUUUUUAUUUUUAGAUUUUCACAACGUCCAUAUGUAUUUAUGUGUGAAAAUUUGCUACCAAAGAACAUGUAUUUUGGCUGUGCCCAAGUCCAUUUACAUGACUCCCGUAUCCAUGUGCAUGCUUGCUUAUGUAUGUAUCUUGGUUUACACAAAAACUGUUAGUUGCAGAUGGUUUAAAUUUCGUAUAUGCAACUUAUGUGGGUUCAAAUUGCGCACCUUUUUUUUAUUGCAACUGAAUCUUCUAAAUGGGAAGUUUACACCUUUUUUGUGGCCAAUCAAUGUUUAUUUUACAUAUUGAAUUAUUAUCUCCAAGGCAUUUCUUAAUCCAUACCUUGUAGUCAAUAAAUAUUUCGUGUAACUAAGGGAGUCUUGUUGUUGAAACCAAUUUCAUUCAGUGUAUCUACUUUUUCAUGUAUUUUUAUUUUUCACAUGGAAUGUAGUUAAUAUGUUUUCUGUAAAAUUUUAAUCAAAUGUUUUUUAGCUACUAAAAAUAUUAACUUAAACUAUAAAUGAAGCACCUUGGAUUAAGCAGAACCUCGAAAUUUCGAGACUUGGAUUUUCGAGACUCCACUGUAUAUAUUAAUUAUGUAUGUACAAUAACUUUGCUAGUAACUUUUCUUUUAGAAUAAAGUUAUCUUUUUUUUAAUUCAAAAUUUUUACUUUUGUAUAAAAUCUUUUAAAAUCUGGUUAUUGGGAUAUUUUAAGUAAGCUGAUACUGAUAUGUUUUUCCUACUAAGUCUUUAAUACAUAUUCCAGUGAGCAUUACUGUAAAAUUUAUGUACAAGUUUCAGUUUGGUUUCUUGUGUGUAAGAAACAUACUUUAAAAUGGAUAAAUAUUUUGAAUUGAUAUUUUUUAAUGUAUUAAUUUUUGUCUUGUAGAUUUUAUGAACUCAAAGUAUUUAUCAAUGUUAUUUCAUUAUCUUCUUGGGAAAAUAUUUAUGUAAUUGAAUUACAACCAUUAUAACAAAAUUGCAAACUUAAUUAAAAUUUGCAUAGUAAAUAAUUAUUCCUUGUAAAAUGAUCAUGUUUUUUUGCUUCAGGAUUGUCUCUUUAAAACUGAAAAAUAAUUUAUUUGCUCACUAAAAAGCAAACGUUUAUCUAUAACCAUAAAAAAAGUUUAUAUUGUAAUUUUUCUAGACAUUAAAUCUUUUUACUACAUUGUUUUUUAUUGUGAUGAAAGUCAUGCUUGUAUGUAUGUGUGUUGUAAUCAAGCUUAUGUAACAUGUCUAGUAAAAGCAGAUAUUCUGUGGAA